AAAGGGGGAAAACAGCCAAUGCAGUCCUGCUUUACAGCCAAUAUCUGACAUCGACCAGUGAUCAACUUCUCCGCUGGAACAUCGGGGCUUCAACCGGCCUGCACCGACACGUCCAGCGCGUCUGACCCGGGAGACAUGAGCAGGGUGUGGGUGUGCUGACCGCCUGGUACCGAGUUCACCUGUUCGUGUUGCUGCCGCUGCUGAUGGAGAACAUCGAGGAUCCGUCGCCGCUCCGGAUCACACCGACCGUCCGGGCGCUGAGCUCUGCGCUGCGGGGGAAGCGAGACUCCGACCGGGGGAACGGCGACAGGGUGUUCCCCGAACCGGAGAAGCUCUGGUUCAAGGAGAGCAGCGCGAAAAACCUCCGGAACAGAGACUUCUUGUCGCCGACCACGAUGCUCAACACGCUGUAUGCGGACGGACAGGUCCCUCCAGUGGUGAUGUCCAGAGUCCUGUCCCUUCAUGGCAGUGGUGUCCUCCCUGUAGCUGGUGGGGAGGUGAUGGGUGAGGGUCUGAGGGUGAGGGUGGACCGGGCAGCAGCUUUCAGGACUGUCCUGGCGGAUGGAGCGACUGAAUACCUGAAGCCGUCCAGUCAGAGGCAGGGCUGCGUGGUGCUCAACUGUCCGGCGCUGCACCCAAGACCCAACACACCCACACCGGAUACCCUGGGUCUGGGCCAGCUGAGGACGGUGCUGCUGGCUGACCACAUGGGGGCGCUGCUGAGAAGACAGGGAUUUACAGUUUUCUUCUGCCCCACGCUUCCCAAAGACAGUGACAUCAGCGCCUUCCUCCGAGCUCUGGGCGUCGACUGGCCAACGGCUCCGGCCAACUGGACCAAUGAGGAACGGGAGGAGAAGAUCCAGGAGGCGCUGGAGAGCUCGCCAUACAGAGAGAAGGAAAUGGAGAGAGGCAGGAGGACCAGUGAAGGAGGAGUGAGGAGUGCCGAGGAGGGCGAGGACGAGGGAGUGCUGAGGGUCAACCUGAAACGGGCUUUCCAAGAAGAAGGGCUGCUGGGAUAUGACCCCAGCCUCGGUACCUGCACAGUUCACAGAGACAGCGUUUCCCACCUGGCACAGCUGGACCUCUCCACAUCAGACUGCAAGGUCGCCAUAGUAACGGCGUUGCAUGUGACUUCGUGUCAGGAUGAGUUUCGCCAGCAGCAGAUAGCGAUGCUGUGGAGAGCGAGCGGGGCAAAACACACACAGAGACAUCUAGUGUGUGGGCCUGUGAAGACUCCUGGUUCUCACCUCACUGCUGCACAGUACCUGCAGCUGAGAAGAGGUCAGAUGAAGGAGGCCUCAGAGAUGAAAUAUGGAGAUCAAGUAGAAGGUCAAACGUGGGACGACAUUAUCAAAGUGAUGACUUCUGCCACAGUCAGAUUUGAGCUGCUGUCAACAGUCCACACGAGUCCUGUGACACUGGACGUCCAGAGGGAAGGAGGCGUGUCGACCAAAGGGCCGCGAGGAGGAGUGUUUGUGAUGUACAACUGCGCCAGACUACACACUCUGUUUGACAGCUAUGAGAGAGGGGUGGAUAAGGGUUUAUACCCAGAAAUCCCUGAAGGCUCCCAGCUGGACUUUUCCUCUCUGAAAGAAGAGGGUGAGUGGCUUCUCCUGUUCAAUUACCUCGUUCCUUUCUCUGAACUGCUGGAUCAAUCAGGACAGGCGCUGGAUUGUGAAGGGGGAGGAGCCAGAGUCAACAUAAAGACUGAACAGAUCUGUAAAUUUCUCGUGUCUCUCAGUAAAGACUUCAGUUCGUAUUACAACAGAGUCCAUGUGCUGGGGGAGCCACUGCCUCACCUCUUCAACCAGAUGUUUUGUCGUCUGUACCUGCUGAGAGCGUUGAGAGAGCUCUACCACAGCGCUCUGGACACCCUCAACCUUCCCCCCAUCAGGCAGCUAUAGCUUCAACACACUUUGCCCAUCCCACACUGUCAGCCCACCUCCCCAUUCACCCACCAACACACAAACAUAAAUGUUGUGAAUCCAGCUGACACAACUUUCUGUCAGCGUUACAGCUAAUGCUGACAUUUCACCUGCCCACUGUGCUGCUUCUGUAUUUCCUUGUCGCUGUAACUGGACAUACUAUGAGUGUUUAAAUAUUUUUAAAAAAUGUCAUUACCCAUUGAUGCUGUAGUGUAAUGAGUGACCUUCCUGGAAAAUUUGAGCUGUUUGUAUGCCUAAAACUUGCUUUCCUGCAAAUAGUUAGAUGAGAAGUUAGACACCACUCAGAUGACUGUACAGUGAAUAUGAAGCUACCAUGAGCAGCUAGUCUACUUAGCUUAGGAUAAAGGCUGAAAAUGGGAUGUGGCUCUGUAUCUGGGUGACACAAUCCGCACACCUGCACCCUGUAACGCCUAUUAAUUGAAAUAUUUAUCUUGUUUGCUUCUGAACAAAGUCUAUAAAUUAAAAUUCUAUGUUUUUAGAGGGUUGGACUCUGGAGUUGCCUCAAGACUCACAGAAUGUACUGGUGGUAUCAAUCCUGUCCUCUAACUUUCAGUGAGAAAGCAAGUUUGGGCCAGACAUGCUGGUGACGGUUUCUUCUACAACGCAUGCAAGGCAUUAGAGUUUUAACAGGCAAAUGGGCAACAUCUGAGUUAAUGAAGUUUGGAAGCCUUUUCCUGUUGAAUCCCUGCUUUUAUAAUGUGAUCCUAUAUUAGACUUGUAUAUCCUUUAGCCCUCUGAACCCCAAAACCUGCCAGCAAGUUUGAAAGGCACGUUUGUUUUUAAAAGCAUCACCCAAAUUACUCUUUAAAUCAGACUCAGAAACAAAUCAAAAACAUUCAAAAACCAAAAGGUAUCGUGUGGCAUGUAGUUCCAUCAUUAAAAAUAACCAAAUCUAGCUGAAAAUGGUGAUAUUCCAUUAAAAUCUUUUUAUUCUACAUGUCUUCCCUAAAAAAAUGAAAACAAUAAAAUAUUUGCUCUAUCUAGCGUCUGUAAAGAAACAAAAAUUCUGCAUUCAUUGGUGCAACUGAAAAGCUAUUAGUGACUCGGUUGCAACAAACAGUCACCUCACUAUAAUUCAUGGACUUCUCAACUCAAACUAGGCUGAACUGCAGGCUGUGUUUACACUGAGCACAGAGGAGACACGUAUGACAACUUAUUAAAAAUGUACACUACCGUUCAAGAGUUUGGGAUCACUUAGAAAUGUCCUUAUUUUUGAAAGAAAAGCAGUUUCUUUCAAUGAAGGUAACAUUACAUUAAUCAGCAAUACAGCCUAGACAUUGUUAAUGUGGUAAAUGACUGUUCUAGCUGGAAACAGCUGAUUUUUAAUGGAAUAUCUCCAUAGAGGUACAGAGGAACAUUUCCAGCAACCAUCACUCCUGUGUUCUAAUGCUACAUUGUGUUAGCUAAUGGUGAUGAAAGGCUAAUUCAUGAUUAGAAAACACUUGUGCACUUAUGUUAGCACAUGAAUAAAAGUGUGAGCUUUCACGGGAAACAUGAAAUUGCCUUGGUGACCCCAAACUUUUGAACGGUAACGUAUGUAGUAAGAUGUCUUUCUUUUCUCCAGUACUGUUAUGAAAAAUAACCAAAUUUGUUUCAAGCUUUUUCAAUUUUUGCAAAAACAAUAAAUAAAUAAAGAAACAAGCAAACAAAUAAAGAAAUCAAAUUUUGUUUAUGGCAUUAUAACUUUCAUGCUAUACAGACGACAUUUUGAAUUUUCUCUACUUCCAGCCAUCAAGCACAAGAUGCAAUCAAGCUCUUUAUGUUGCUCAGAAUUAACGUUACUGAAACUACUUAGAUUGAUCAUGAAAAAGAAUUCACCUUUUAAAUGAUUUACCAUCACUAUCAAAGAGUGAAAUUUUGUCAUGCCAAAGCCUAAGCACACGUAGGUGGAAAGGAAUUUGUGACAUGGAAAAAUGUGUUUGAUCAUUCAUUUGUUUAUGUGGUCAAGAGAGUGUUUCAGAUGGCUGUCAAUAUUCAAUGCAGUGGAGCAUCAAGUCCUCAGGCAGGACACAAGUGAGAUCAGCCCAGGUAGAGGAAGGGAUGGAGAGAGAAAAAAGGGACUUUUUUUUUCAAGGGUUGCGGAGGUGGGUUUGGGGAAGGGGUCACAUUUCAGUUAUAGGUUACAAAUGGGGCUGGCGGGCUUGAUUUUGAGGCUUUGCGUUCAUUUCUUCUUGGGUUUUACCUCCAGGGUACUGGCCAUUGUGCUCUUUCCAUAGAGGUGCAGGACUUUAUAUUGAGUAGCAGUGAGUAAAAAUGCAACAGGAGCAAGUAUCGCACAGAAACUGUUUGGGGUUCAGAGGGUUAAUCCAACAAUCCACAAAGCUAGCUUAGAUUCCAGAUAGUUUUAAUAUGAUUUUGGUGCCAAAAUAGCAUAAAUCCCCCAGCUGUAGUGAAACUUAAUCACCGUUUUAAAUGAAUGGCCUUAUUAUGUCACCACACCACUACUUAAUGUCACUGAAGUCUUUAAAACCUAUGUAAGUGUCUUAGUCACUGCAUAAAGCAACGGAAAUCUCACUUUUUAUGAGCCUUGUUCAACCCCAUGCCAUGUAUGUUAACCACCUUCUAUUUAUCAAUGCCAUACAAAUAUUUAUUGUCAGUUUUUUUUUCUUAAAAAAGAAUCUGUACAGAAUAUAUAUUCUGCAUCUGAGUCUUAAUUGCUGUGUUCUUAUGAAUAUUCCGAACCUUUACAAUUAGUUAUCCUGCUUGACAAAUCACAGAUGUUAGUACAACAGCUGUUUAUUGACAAAAAUAGUACAUUAGCAGUAUUUAGGCCGUUGUGCCAUAAUGUUAGGAAAUGCAUGAAAUGGCAUGAAAAUAAUAUAUACACGUGUUUUAUGCCAAAACAAUUUAUUUAUAUAUUUUGAGAUGAUCCUUAAUCAUGUCUGAAAUGUGACCUACCAUCUGUUAAAAUGUGCCAUAGCUUGUUUUAUGUUCUGCUGUACGUUAAUUUAUACGAUUUUUUUUUAAUGUGAAAAUCUCACAAUGGAACAGCAAAUAUCAACAACCUCACUUUUCACUGCAUGAAUUGUU